AUGGAUGAAUAUUCAAAGAUUGAAAAGAUUGGAGAAGGUACUUAUGGUGUUGUGUAUAAAGGUCGACAUAAGAAGACCAACCGCCUUGUUGCGUUAAAGAAGAUACGACUGGAAUCGGAGGAAGAGGGGGUACCGUCAACUGCAAUCAGAGAAAUUUCUGUGUUGAAAGAACUGCAGCAUCCAAAUAUAGUUUCUUUAGAAGAUGUCUUGAUGCAGGAGAACAAACUUUACCUUGUUUUUGAAUUUCUCUCAAUGGAUUUAAAGAAAUACAUUGAUAGUAUUCCCCGUGAAGGAAUGAUGGACCCAAUGCUUGUAAAGAGCUACGUGUAUCAAAUAACAGAGGGCAUUUUGUUUUGCCACAAAAGAAGGGUUCUGCAUCGAGAUCUGAAACCACAGAACCUGCUCAUCAAUGACAGUGGAGUGAUUAAACUGGCAGACUUUGGACUUGCUAGAGCCUUCGGUAUCCCCAUAAGGGUUUACACACAUGAGGUUGUCACUUUGUGGUACAGGGCGCCAGAAAUUCUACUGGGAUCUCAGCGUUAUUCUGUACCUGCUGACAUCUGGAGUAUUGGGUGUAUUUUUGCAGAAAUGGUGACCAAGCGUCCACUUUUUCAUGGAGACUCAGAAAUAGACCAGUUAUUCCGCAUUUUCAGAACUUUGACCACACCAACAGAAGAAACUUGGCCAGGUGUAUCAAAUCUACCUGACUUUAAACCCACAUUUCCUCACUGGAAGACCAACCAGUUGGCAUCCAGUGUUAAAAGACUUGAUUCCUUGGGACUAGACUUAUUACAGAAAAUGUUGAUUUACAACCCAGCUUUGAGGAUAUCGGCUAAAGACAUCCUGGAACACAGAUAUUUCUCUGACUUGGACAAGUCAACGCUGCCGGCCCGAAACUUCAUCCCAAUGGAGAUGCAAUGA